UACAAAGGCACAUCACGCCGCUUACUUAGAUGCUUAAGCAAGCUUUCCAAAAUGUCAUGAAGUCACAUGAUUUAACCCGAACAAACGGAUGAUAGAGUGCUUAUCUACAGAGUAGUCAAAGGUCAGUUUUGAAGAGAAGUGCAACAUUGAAUACAUGCUGGAACUAGGACAUCUGUGUAGCAAAGACCUUUGCUGGCAUGAAGCUUGACAACUAUUCAAACUGUGCUGCUGUAACAAAGCCAGCAAGUAACACUUCUACAACACAAACAGAGUCGUAUUCUGCAGUAGGCAAUCAUGGAAGUACAAGAAAGGAAAGGAUCCGUUAAGAUUUCAACACCUAAACCGUCUAAGCCAGUAGUAACCGUGGCAUUGAGGAACUUCAUCAUACCCAGAAAGAAGCGGGUUUCUGGACAAGUCCUCCUGGAGCCUUGUCCAGAAGACAGUCGUGAUUUCACUCUCAUUCAGUCUAAACUGAGAGAAUCCAGAUUAGACAUCAGGAAGGAGCAUGCUAACACCUGGCUGUGGAAAGAUGUCAAAUUAGUACACAAUGAUGACUUUCUUAGGGAAUUCUCUGAAAAAAGAUCAGAGAUGCGUACAAAAGGUAGACAUGGAAGAGAAAUGGAAGAACGUUAUUGCUUCUUGGUAGCAUCUUAUGAAGCAACAAGCCAAAUUUACCAGUUUGGAUUAAGGACUGACAGCCAGGACCAGUGUUUUUUGGGAAAACCUUCACAUGGGGUUUAUUUGUUCAAGCAUGUCGAUGUGGCUCUGAAGCAUGCAGCUGCUACAAGCACAUUUAAUGGGAAAUAUCUGAUUGUUUUCAAGGUGCUUUUUGGAAAGGUGAAAAAAGUCACACCAAGUUUGGAGUGGAACAGAACCGUAGACCCUAUGGUUGGCUUUGACUGUCACAUGGCAAAAGACGCUGUUUCUUAUCGGGACAGUGUUUCCCAGCAGGUUUUGGGUUCAUCGGUGUUUCUAUUCGACUACAACGAAAACCAGGAACUCAACACACGGCCAAGGCAAUGUUUGCCAUAUGCAGUGGUUUCAUUUGUGCCAGCCAUUAAUGCUACAGCAGCAACCACCACAAGUCCACCUCUAUCACCUACUAAACCUUCUGCUGACCUUAUUAAUGGCCCUCUAGAGCAUUUGAAAGGCUGCACUGUGGCUAAGAGAACAGGAAAAGGAGAGAAUGCCACAGUGACAUUCAAACGUUUUGCAACAACACAAGGCUCCCCAGGUGUGGAGUACCAGUCACAAACUCCAAGAGCGGAGGUUAAUGAAGUAGACGCUACUCUGUUUCAGUACAGUGAUCUGCAAACACCUGCUCCUUUUAUCCCUCAUCAGCAUUAUGUGCCUUAUUAUAAUACAACAGAAUAUUUCAAUCCUUCACUACCAUAUUAUGACAGUGGCAUUGCAUGGCAACACUAUUUGGACAAAUCUGCAUUGUUUUCAAAUAUACACAGCCUGAACAGCACAAGAAUCUAUGGAGGUAAUACAGACACUGUGGAGGUAAUGCCUCAAAUGACAUCAGAAAAAAUCUCCACCAUAGUUUAUUCAUCCCGUCUGGUUAAGGACCCAAGGUUAUCCAGGCAAGAAACAAAUAUACAAAGGAAAAGCUCAGAGGAAGAAAGAUCAAAUGUUCCAGAGUGUGAGGAACAGGGACACGAGGCAAAUUCACAAAACCAAAAAGAGGAAAAUGACUUCACUUUAUCUUGUGAGUCACUGGAACUGGAUGAACACAAAGGAGGCAGGAUCCCUAAACCUGCACUAGAUGAUCCAGGCAAAUCCAAUCUCACUGUACAACCAAAGGCUGAAAAUAUGCCUUCAAUUAAGCUAUUUAAAAUGAAAUUCCAAAAAUAUGGUGCAUACUUCAAGAUGACAAAGGAGGAAAGGCAUGCAAAAAUAUGGUCCAAAGAAAAUUUUACCACAGAGCAAAAACAAUUAUUGAUUGACCGUAUACAUUUCUAUGAGAUGCAUCACCAAAGGUAUAAACAGGGACUGCUUUUUCAAAAAGACACUGAGACAGAAAUUGCAUUUAGUUCGUCUCAAACAGAGCCACAACACAAUGCUGUCUGCCCUUCCACACUGCAGCAUUCCCCUUUAAUGACAAAAGGGAACCAAUGUGAAGUGAAUCAACCCCAUAUGAGACAUUCAGUACGUGCCCCUGUUUCUAAUUUGACAUCCACCACAGGUUUGGUGGACGAUCAGAAAAAUGAAGUAGAUGUUCUGAGUUCAGACAGUGAUCAGUUGAGCCAGGAUAUUUGUAGACCAAAAGAAAAUAGUGUGCAGGAACACAAGCAAGAUCCUUCUUCAGAUUCUCAAAUUGGGCCUCAAGAUGAAGGUGUAGUUAAAUCUGUAAAAGAAAAAGAAAUGAUUUCAGAAACUGUACAGGGUACGAUGCAAUCAGAAUCCAAACCUUUGGAAAGUACCCGUGAUUCUGAGCAAUCUUCAAGUCCUUCAGUAGAAGUUGAGAUAAAUAACCAAGAUGUUCAUGAAAGUAAGAUUCCCAUAAGUCCAAAAGAGUCAUUUGCAUGUAAAUCUACACUAAGUAACACCGUAGAAGACUGUCCUGAAUUUGAGCAACACAUCAUAGACAUAGAAGUGGCCAACUGUGUUGAUGUCUCAGCUACUGAGUUACCAGAAUGCAGUGACUGCUCUUAUGCUACUGCAACGGAGCAAGGUCAUAACAGUCAAAAUAGUAAUGAAAAACAAGACAGGGAAGCAUUGACUCAUUCUAAAUCAGAUGCGAAUUCUGAGAUGUCCAUAGAGGUUGAAAGGGGAGAAGCACAACAACACAACACUAUUUACAAUGCAUUAUAUGAACGAUUACAGUUAGAUCAACUAUUGUCCAAUUCAAAUGAAGCAAACUUUUUCUCCAACAAAUCUUAUCUCAGACCAAAAGCUCUAGACAAAACCCCCAUUACCAAUUUACCAGAUAGUCAUAUUAAUGAAACAAUGUCGAAGGACGAAGACCUCCAGCUUAUACUUAAGGUAAAAUCCAACCAAAAACCCCCAGAAAAACUUACGCUUUCUGAACGAUUCUCAAAAUUGAGAUGCCUUGGUCACAACCUAGCAGCUGUUGUUCAUGAAAAUAGGUUAAACCAUAGCUAUCCAGCUCAUCCCAAUGGAGAUUUGAAAUAUAAACCAGAAGGACUAAUCUCGUGCAGUAAUGGAGAGGAAGUUACAGGAAACAAUAAUGCUGAAUUGAUUAAACUCAUGGCACAGAGAUACAAUGAAAAUAGGCUAACGGCAAACUUUAAACGGGUUAGACAGAAAUGUUCAAAAGUCCUGCGCAGAAAAAUCUCUAGAUUAUUGAGAAACAGACCUUCAGGUCAAUUGCCAUUUCAUGUUCUGAGUAAGAUGAGGCACGUUAGGAAGAUUCACUUAUUGAAAGCGAAGAGUAACCAGCAAAAGACAAAACUAGCCUUAAAAAUUAGUUCUUGUGGUCAAGCUUCAUUUAACAAGAGGAGUUCUGAAUCAGCAAGUGGUUGUUCAUUUACAGAGACAGCUAAUGAUGCUGACGAAGAUUCAGAUUUACACCUUAAUUCAGUUUCUGCGUUGCAGUCUUGGGCUGGUUCUCAAAGUCAUGGUCAGCUUCUGAACAAGGAGUCCAAUCAGAAUGAUAAUGCCAGUAAUAUUUCACCUGAAGAGGGUGCCUGCGUAGACAGUGAAAUUAAGACUGGACAUGGUGAUGAGACCCGUCAAACUAAAGGACAGUGCAUUAAUCCUGCUGAACAAUCAGCAGAAAUUGUCUACCAUGAUGCUUCAGAGUUUUCAAGUCAAAACAAUCUCAACACAUCACAAGAAAGCAUCACUGUAGAUCCUGAAGAGCCAGUAAUAAUUGAGGAAAUAGAAACAAAUUGCGGAACAAACAAUAACAAGACCAGUCAUCAAGAAAAAUCCUCACUGAUCACAUGUUGUGGCAUUAAUGAGUCAAGUAAUGGUGAGUGUGCAGAAGCAGAGCAGAAGGAAGAGGCAUUGUUACAGAAAAAGCUAUCUCAGGAGGACAGUUGUGACACUAAAGAGAUUUCACCUGAUUACAACACUGGAGCUUAUGAGGACACAAGUAGCCCUGUUCCCACUGUCUCAAGUAUCCCUAGUGAUAUAACAUCAGGUAAUAUGAUCAGCGGCUGUACUGCCAAAGCCCAGAGAGCCAUGACUCCAGAUUCACCUAGAGUAAUGAAUAAUGAGAUUGACACUCAAACCAAGGAUGGGAUUCUUUGUGACAGUGUUGUGGACAAUUCUGGUAGUGGUUUAACCAAAGGGGUUUUAAGCACUAACAAAUCAGAGGAGAGUGAUAAAAAUGCCAAUCUUCAAGACAACAAUCCAAAGAGCACGGAUGCAAAUGAAAAGGAGUUAGUUCCAAGAAAAGAGAUGUCAGAAGCAGAAUGUUUAAACACGCCGAACGGUGCCAAAGACAACGUCGCGGGAAUCUUCAAAGAAACCACAAAUCAUCUUCGGAGAUUAGCGUCAGGUUCUCAGCACCAUUCUCCCUUACAGGAUACUAAAAGCAGUGGGAUAGUGAACUCCGUUGUAGAGACAACAUCGGAUUUCCAAAGCAGAAUCAUUAAAGAUGCACAAGAAGACAUUACUGUGAUAAAGGACAAUCUGCAUCCAGUAUGGCAAGGACAAGACAAAAAUAGCCUUCCACCUACUUCAGAUACACAAAUAAUUUCUAAACUGAGAGAUUACUUAACCAAAUUCGAAUUCACGGUUAAAAAACAGGACACUGUCAAUAAUACGGUAACGGAGCAUCAUGCUCCAAUGGCUUGGAUAACUUUGGAUAGUACAGCUCACAAACAGCAAUUACAUGACACAAGACACUACAGCAGACAGGGUUUAUCUGAUAUCACACAUAGACAGCAUGAAGUUAUACAUUUUCAAGGAGCCCCUACCAAACACAAGCGGAGUAAUGAGGACGGCCAACCUAACAGCUCAAUAUCAAAGAAGAGGAGAAUGAGUAAUAUGGAAAGAGUCAGUCCUGACAGUACUUUUACUGAAACAGUCAGAAAUGAGCCAAAUUCACAUCUGCUAAACAAGGACACUCAACCAUACCAUACUGCAUCUGGUGUACCCAGCAUGAACCACUGGUUACAAAAUCAUGGAAAUAAAUUGCAGGAAAAUCAAUUCAUUUGUCCCCAAGUUUUAGGAAAUCUAAGCCAGUCAAGCGGACAGCAAGGAAAUGGUUCAAGAGAACAGCCAUGUCAAAUAAAACAACCAAAUGAACAAUACGCAUAUGAAAAAGUCCAUACGACAUACAUCCAGAAUAAAUACAGUGUCACUGACAUCUCCAACACUCUAAAACUGGCUGAUCAUGCAGUUUCCUUGACCGAACUUGGCCCCUUGCAAUCAAAAUGCAAAAGAAUGCUUCAGCAUUUUAUCUCCAACUUUGAAAAAGAUCAGAACGUUUCUUUCCACCAGUCCUGCAUUACAAGAAAUUUAAUCUUGGAAAAAUAUCUAGAGCAUCCCCCUGCCCCACUGGAGCUGAAGUUUGAGGCGAUCAAUUCUUUCUUGGAACUACAGAUGAUAGUCGAGGCCAGCCAAUUUGUUGACAACAAAAUGAACUUUCUGAGAAGAAAACCAACAUUUAGGAGUCUGCUCUGGUAUGAUCCUUCUCUGUAUGGUGAACUCUACAAGGGGACUGUUGGCUUUCAGCAACAAUCAUCACUGUUUUCAGCGUUCCAGCAGUGCCUUACCAGCGAGGAUUACAGAAGAUUGCGGGAAUACUACUGCGCAGUGUCCACUCUGCAUCAGCAGCUGCAAGACGCUCCAGACACAUCUUACUACAUGUACCUGAAAACCAAGCGGGAGAGACUCGAAAUAGAAGCUGCAUUUAGAAACCCUUCUGAUGUUAAGAGCUUCUUUUUAUCUGUACCAACAGCCAUCAUGAUCAAUUUAGGGGACAGCUUGGAAAUUUUGAAGAAGACACACAAUAUAGUGUCAACUUUUAUUGAGACGCCGGCGGAUCGUUUGCCAGGCACAUUUGAUGUAGGAAAAGCUGAGCAUCUGUCUAUUAUAUGCAGAUAUCUUCAGGAAAAAAUCCUCUUCUUGAAAUCCUAUAAAGAAAUUACAAAAAUUUCAUGGUUUGGGAUGGAACAUCUUCUUUAUGAUGCAUCAAAGGUCCUUGUAUGGAGCGAGUCGGAGCAUGGUAUGCCAAACGAAGUGCUGACAAAAUACAACAGGUUAAAUUCGCAGAUUGUUUAUGGAGUGACCGAAGCUUGUGUAGCCCUUGCUAACAAAGCUGAUGCAUCCUCACAACCAGCGGACGUUGUACAAUUCACACCACCACACCAAGUGAAUGCUGUCAGAAUCCCAUCUGCAGGGUUCUCCACUGAGAGGACUCAAACCGCACUGAACAUUCACAUGGAGGAUGGAACAAAAGAGACACAUCAACCACCCAGAAGAAGAGCGACGCAUCCAUGCGUAAGAAGUAACUUUAAUGAUGGUGUUGCCCCACUUAUUCCGCCCAAUCUGGCAGCCCAACAUGAAAGCUCACCUCUUUACCCCGAUUUCACCCAAAGAAGUAAUGCACUGAAUUGGAGAAUUCCCAGAAAUCAUUCUUGGGACUGGAGGCCAGCAGACCCGAUCCAAUCGACACCGCACUCCGAAGUAAGGGCUCUGCUUUUGUCUAAGAGGAUACCUGCUUCGCAAACAAAACCGAGGACAACGUCUUUGACAGAUCUUCCAAAUAGCCAUGCAGUCAGACAACAACAACCGUCACAACCACUGAUUGUGAAACCUAGACCAGUUGAGAGAUGUACCGUUCAGCCAACGAUCAGUGCCCCUCAGCAUCCGGAGCUCCUAAAAGAGCAAGCGAACGAGUUCUGCGUUCCAAUGAUAACGCAAUUUCACUAUCCCAGUUUCCCCCCAGACGCACCCUCAGUAAUCCCUCCACCUCUUCCACCACUGUCUUUCUCCAGCACCUCGAAUCAAGUAGCACUGCAUAACAAUCCAACACCAAUAAGCUACCCUUUCUUUGUCUUCAAUGGACAAACAUACUCCACUAUAGGCUCUACUGUGCCUGUGCCAUCUCUUCAUACUGAAACUCAAUAUCUUCCUCGCCCUGUUUAGAGAGCAUAGAGUAUUCGCUACUGUUAGAGUCUGUUGUUUCCUUUAAGGAUUGUCUUUGUUACAAAAUUCUGUUAUGUUUAUUAUUCUACGACAAACUCAGUCUACUUUAAUAUUCUGUUUACUGGUUCUUACCUUAUAUGUUAAACACAUUAACUGUAAGUAGGCAAAACAACAGUCUCUUUUUAUACUGUGAUAGGUUUGUGAAUAGUUGUUACAUUUAAGGUUUUUUACGAAUAAUAUAUUUUAAUGUUAAACUGUUUAUAUGUUUAUAAUGACUAAAAAUGCACUUUGUUUUAUAGUUUCAAAUCUGUUAAAUAUAUGU